AUGUCGUUUCCUCAGUUACGUAACCAACUACUUGGAUUACAGAAUCAACUUUCGGGAAAACUUUCGCAAUAUUCCAGUUUUACAACAGCCCCGGGUUCCAAUCCGAGUGAUGAUGAACUAUCUACUUGCAGAUCAAUUGAACAGCUCAUUGGUAAGAUAUCUGAGAACGUAGGAGGUUUGGAUCGAAUAGUCAAUUCAAAUUCUUCCAUUUCUACAUCCAAAUUGCAGCAAUUGGCACGUCAUAAAGAGGCGCUCAACCAGUUCCGUAUUGAUUAUAACAGAAUUCAGUCCACUAUUAAAGAAGAGAGAGACAGAUUGAAUCUCUUAUCGAAUGUAAGAAAUGAAAUUCAGGAUGGAAAUAGCAGACAGGGACCCGAGAAUUCAGAGGCUUAUCUAAUGGACGAAAGAAUGAGAGUUGAUAGACAACAUGGUGUUAUGGAUAAUUUACUAAACCAAGUCUUUGAAACACGUGACGAUAUACUUAGGCAGAGAGGUUCACUAAGAAAUGUCGGAUCUAGACUUCAGAAAUCUUUGGCUACGAUGCCUGGAAUUAACAUUCUAAUGAAUCAGAUUAAUACUAGAAGAAAGAGGAAUACCUUCAUUAUAGCCGCUGUGAUUGUUUUGUGUACUAUUGCUUUAUGGUUUCUUUCAUAG